CGGAGGAAUUGGCCUUGUCGUGGCGGCGUCUCGCUGUGGAAGGCGCGCGCGUUGUGUGUGGAAUGUGGAUGACCUGCUGAUGCGUAAAUGGCGGGUCCCGGCAAAUGCAUCCUCGUCACCGGUCCUCCGGGUGUGGGCAAAAGCACUCUGAUUAUGAGAGUGUUCGAGGGCCUUAAAACUUCAAAUCCCAACCUCAAAGUUCAGGGUUUCUACACUCUGGAGGAAUUUUCAGGUGAAGUUAGACAAGGAAGCGAGAGAAUUGGUUUUGAGGUUGUCACUCUCGAUGGUCGCAUCGGUUCACUUGCCUCCGCCAACAUUUCCAGUGGCAGGCCAGAGUCUCGCAGAUGGCCCAAUGUUGGCAAGUAUAGAGUUGAUAUAGCAUCUUUCGAGUCACUUGCACUGCCUGAGUUGCAGGUCAGAGAAGAUACUGAUCUCUUCAUCAUUGAUGAAGUUGGUAAGCUGGAGUUGUACAGCUCAUCCUUCUUCCCUGCUGUUUUAAAAGUGCUGGAAUCAAACAUCCCAAUUUUGGCUUCGAUUCCAAUUCCCAAAUAUGGUAGAGAUAUACCUGAAGUCGCUAGAUUGCGGAAUCAUCCAACAGCAGAUAUUUAUACCUUGAGCCUUAGCAACAGAGAUGCUGUUAGAGAAGAGAUACGCUCCCUACUGGUAGACCUGCUGAGAAAACAUUAGAUCAAUAGUCAUGUGUUUGAGCUCAUGCCAUGUGAUCUUUCUUGAAGUUGGGAAUGAGUUAUGAGCUGAAGCAAGUCGAGAGAACGAGUCUCCACGAGAUAUUUGAACCUGCUUUUCUGAGUUGUGUGCUUUAUCGUGCGAAAUGAAUGUCGUUGUUGAAUUGCAUUCAAACUUAAUGCAGUUAUAUUUACCCAUAAAGUCUGUAGAAAUAUUAUUAAUUGCAGACUGUACUUGAUGUUUCCGGUUAAUUAAUAUAGUUCCGUUGCUGCUGGCCUUUUACUUAUA